GGGCUCCCCGAGGGCUGUGGGUCGCCGAGGGGCCGAGCGGAAGAUGGGGGAGGCCCAGGCGGCCCCGGCCUGGGAGUGGAGCCCGCGGCCGGCAGGGAGAGAGGGGCGCCUGGGCAGCUGGAGGCCCUGGCAGUCUCCCGGGCGCCCCCGAGAGCUGGCCCGCCCUCCCUCCGUGACAGAAAUGAUGGAAGAACUGCAUAGCCUGGACCCACGACGGCAAGAAUUACUAGAGGCCAGAUUUACUGGAGUUGGUGUUAGUAAGGGGCCGCUCAAUAGUGAGUCUUCAAACCAGAGCUUGUGCAGCGUGGGAUCCUUGAGUGAUAAAGAAGUAGAGACUCCUGAGAAAAAACAGAAUGACCAGCGAAACCGGAAAAGAAAAGCUGAACCAUAUGAAACUAGCCAAGGGAAAGGAACUCCUAGGGGACAUAAAAUUAGUGAUUACUUUGAGUUUGCUGGGGGAAGCGGGCCAGGAACCAGCCCUGGCAGAAGUGUUCCACCAGUUGCACGAUCCUCACCGCAACAUUCCUUAUCCAAUCCCUUACCGCGGCGAGUAGAACAGCCCCUCUAUGGUUUAGAUGGCAGCGUUGCGAAGGAGGUGUCGGAGGAGCAGUCUGCUCUGCCAACCCUGAUGUCAGUGAUGCUGGCAAAACCCCGGCUUGACACGGAGCAGCUGGCACAGAGGGGAGCUGGCCUCUGCUUCACUUUUGUUUCUGCUCAACAAAACAGUCCCUCUUCUACAGGAUCUGGUAACACAGAGCAUUCCUGCAGCUCCCAGAAACAGAUCUCCAUCCAGCACAGACAGACCCAGUCUGACCUCACAAUAGAAAAAAUAUCUGCACUAGAAAACAGUAAGAAUUCUGACUUAGAGAAGAAAGAGGGAAGAAUAGAUGAUUUGUUAAGAGCCAACUGUGAUUUGAGACGGCAGAUUGAUGAACAGCAAAAGAUGCUAGAGAAAUACAAAGAACGAUUAAAUCGAUGUGUAACAAUGAGCAAGAAACUGCUUAUAGAAAAGUCAAAACAAGAGAAGAUGGCGUGUAGAGAUAAGAGCAUGCAAGACCGCUUGAGAUUGGGCCACUUUACCACUGUCCGACAUGGGGCCUCUUUUACUGAACAGUGGACAGAUGGUUAUGCUUUCCAGAACCUUAUCAAGCAACAGGAAAGGAUAAAUUCACAGAGGGAAGAGAUAGAAAGACAACGGAAAAUGUUGGCAAAGCGGAAACCUCCUGCCAUGGGACAGGCCCCUCCAGCAACCAAUGAGCAGAAACAACGGAAAAGCAAGACCAAUGGAGCUGAAAAUGAAACGUUAACAUUAGCAGAAUACCAUGAACAAGAAGAAAUCUUCAAACUCAGAUUAGGUCAUCUUAAAAAGGAAGAAGCAGAGAUCCAGGCAGAGCUGGAAAGGCUAGAAAGGGUUAGAAAUCUACAUAUCAGGGAACUAAAAAGGAUACAUAAUGAAGAUAAUUCACAAUUUAAAGAUCAUCCAACGCUAAAUGACCGAUAUUUGUUGUUACAUCUUUUGGGUAGAGGAGGUUUCAGUGAAGUUUACAAGGCAUUUGAUCUAACAGAACAAAGAUAUGUAGCUGUGAAAAUUCACCAGUUAAAUAAAAACUGGAGAGAUGAGAAAAAGGAGAAUUACCACAAGCAUGCAUGUAGGGAAUACCGGAUUCACAAAGAACUGGAUCAUCCCAGAAUAGUUAAGCUGUAUGAUUACUUUUCACUGGACACUGACUCGUUUUGUACGGUAUUAGAAUACUGUGAGGGGAAUGAUCUGGACUUCUACCUGAAACAGCACAAAUUAAUGUCGGAGAAAGAGGCCCGAUCCAUUAUCAUGCAGAUUGUGAAUGCUUUAAAGUACUUAAAUGAAAUCAAACCUCCCAUCAUACACUAUGACCUCAAACCAGGUAAUAUUCUUUUAGUAAAUGGUACAGCGUGUGGAGAGAUAAAAAUCACAGAUUUUGGUCUUUCCAAGAUCAUGGAUGAUGAUAGCUACAAUUCAGUGGAUGGCAUGGAGCUCACGUCACAAGGUGCUGGUACUUAUUGGUAUUUACCACCAGAGUGUUUUGUGGUUGGGAAAGAACCACCAAAGAUCUCAAAUAAAGUUGACGUCUGGUCAGUGGGUGUGAUCUUCUACCAAUGUCUCUAUGGAAGGAAGCCUUUUGGUCAUAACCAGUCCCAGCAAGACAUUCUGCAAGAAAAUACUAUUCUUAAAGCUACUGAAGUGCAGUUUCCGCCAAAGCCAGUAGUAACACCUGAAGCAAAGGCGUUUAUUCGACGAUGCUUGGCCUACCGAAAGGAGGACCGCAUCGAUGUCCAGCAGCUGGCCUGUGACCCCUACUUGCUGCCUCACAUCCGAAAGUCGGUCUCCACAAGUAGCCCUGCUGGAGCUGCUAUUGCGUCAACCUCUGGGGCAUCCAAUAACAGUUCUUCGAAUUGAGACCCACUCCUAGGCCACAAACUGUUCAAUGCACACAAAGUGGACAAAUGGCAUUCAGCAGCGGGUUUGGAACAUAGCGAAUCCGAAUGGAUCUCAUGAAACCUGUACCAGGUGCUUUUAUUUUCUUGCUUUUUUCCCAUCCAUAGAGCAUGACAGCAUCGAUUCUCAUUGAGGAGAAGCCUUGGGCAGCUCUGGCCAGGCCUCGUAGGAAAAGGCCCCGCCCGAGGUUCCGGCGUCAACGGCCACUGCAUGUGGCUGCUCUGAGUGAGGAAAAAAUUCAAAAGAAAAACUGGUUCCAUGUACUGUGAACUUGAAAACAUGCAGACUCAGGGGGGUCCCUGAUGCAGUGUUUCAGAUGAAGAAUGUGGACUUGAAAAUACAGACUGGGCUAGUCCAGUGUCUAUAUUUAAACUUGUUCUUUUCUUUUAAUAAAGUUUAGGUAACAUCUCCUGAAAAGCUUGUAGCACAAAGGCUCAGCUGGGGAUGGUAUUUGACUUCAGAGGAAAAAAGUUGCUAUUGCCCGUUAAAGGCACUAGAGUUAGUGUUUUAUCCCUAAAUAAUUUCAAUUUUUAAAAACAUGCAGCUUCCCUCCCCCCCUUUUUUAUUUUUGAAAGAAUACAUUUGGUCAUAAGGUGAAACCUGUAUUAGCAAGUACGGGGCGGUGUUCAUUCCAGUCAGACGCAGCUUUCUCCUCCGUCUGGUCUCCCGUUUGCCGUUGCUUCCCUUGUCUCCGUAGGGAAAACGUGGAGUGGGAAUCCUGAGGUGUGCGGGUUUUGCCAUUGGACAAAGAAUGAGCUUAGAAGACUGCAGCUUGGGUCUCUCUAGGUUUUCAACUAUUUCUUCACAAUUUGAACACUUGACGGUUGUCCCUUUUAAUUUAUUUGAAGUGCUAUUUUUUUAAAUAAAGGUUCAUCUGUCCAUGCA